AUGAGCGAUAUCGAAAAGUACGAGUCGCCCAAGCACGUCGACGUGUCGGCGGAGGACUUAUUCAGCCAGCGGUCCCACCAGCAGUUCGCUGACGUCGCCGACAACGAGGCCCGCGUCGCCCAGCUCGCCCAGGAAAUGGGCAUCAACACCCGCAAACUCAUGUGGAAGAUCGACUUGUGGGUGGUGCCUCCGUUUUGUUUGCUUUACUUCCUUUCGUUUUUGGACCGGGUGAACAUUUCCAACGCCAAAUUGUAUGGUAUGGUUGAUGAUUUGCAUUUAAAGGGGAACGAAUACAACACCGCGUUGACGCUUUUCUUUGUCCCUUACAUCGUGUUUGAAAUCUUGCUGAACUACGUCAUCAAGAAGAUCCGCCCCCGCUACUGGUUGGCAGGGCUGAUCUUCAUCUUUGGUGUCAUUUCCAUCGGUAUGGGUUUUGUGACCAACUUCGGUGGUCUCGCCGCCUGUCGGUUCUUGCUCGGUAUGUCUGAAGCGCUGACGUUCCCCGCCAUCUUUUACGUGUUGCUGACAUACUACUCCAAAUACGAAGCUCAACAACGUUUUUCGGCAUUCUUCAGUGUCACUACCCUCGCAGGUGCUGCCUCUGGUUCCAUUGCCUGGAGAAUCAAAGACCUCGAUGGCAGAUACGGCAUCGCUGCCUGGCAAUGGAUCUUCAUCAUCGAAGGUACUUUCACCGCUGGGUUGGCGUUUGUGCUCCUUUUCCUUAUCCCCGACUUCCCUGAAGAACUGCGGUUCCUCAACGCUAACGAAGUCGAGUUCUUAAAGAGAAAGCUUGAGAUCAUCAACGGAUCGCUGUCCGCCCACGAAAUCAAAUUCAAGAUCAAGGACGUGUUCAACGUGCUCAAGGACUACAUGAUCUGGUUGCCCACUUUGGGUUACUUUGCCUGUAUUGUCCCUGCCUACGCCAUCGCCUUUUUCCUCGCCCAAAUCGUCAAGGAUCUUGGCUACACUGCCGUCGCCGCUCAGGCUCACUCGGUGUACCCGUGGCUCUGUGCCUUUGGGUUAUGUAACAUCGUCGCCUUCCUUUCCGACCGCACCAGAUGGAGAUACCCGUUCUUCUUGGCUACCGGGUGUAUCGCCAUUGCUGGUCUCGGCAUGGUGCUUGGCCUGACCGACGCCAACGUCCGUUACGCCGGUACCUUCUUGACGUGUAUGGGGUUGUACACCGCCAUGCCCACGCUCAUUUGCUGGCAAACGUUAUCGUUCGGCUCCCACAUCCGUAAAUCGGUGGGGCUGGCGUGUAUCAUUGGUUUCGGGAACAUUGGUGGUAUCAUCUCCACCUUCUUGUUUUUGCAGAAAGACGCUCCUCAGUUCACCACGGGGCUCGGGGUGUGUAUCGCGAUGAUGGCGUUGUCGCUUAUCGUGGGCACGGCGAUCCUCAUCUCGUUCUGGUGGCAGAAUAAGCGCAAGCAGACCCCCGAGUACCAAAACUACUUCUACAGUCUCCCCGAACGGGAACAGAAGAUGUUGGGCGACCGCGCUCCGACCUUCAAGUACAUGUACUAA